AUGAAAGGAGCAGCUGACGGAUUACAGGCUACCCCGGAAGAACCGGCGACGAUGGUUCCUGAAACUGCGAAGCCUAGCCCAUCCAGAACCCCAUUGAAGGAUUUCCUGAAUACACCACCAACGCCAAAACGGAUAGCUAAACGAGAAUACAAAUCCAAACGCUAUCACGUGCUGACUUCGGAUGAGUUCAUACAGGAAUUUGAGCAGAAGGAAGAAGAUAAAAGGCGCGCCGAGGAAGAAAAAGAGAAUCGUAAGGUUAUCCGAAUGCAACGGAAAGUAGAAGCAGAAGCGAAAAAGAACAAGAAACAAGAAGAGAAGAAGUUGAAGCAAAAUAUGAAGGAUAAAGCUCGCAAGAAGAAGGCUUAG